GCCAUACGCAUGCGCGUUGUAAGUCUACGUCAGCUCUUCUCUUCAACAUUCUCCGUGAAAGCUACGUGGCCCUCAAUUUCAGUCUGAUCACCAACCCGACCAGAAACAGGUGUCACCAUGGAUCAGGUAAUGCAGUUUGUUGAGCCCAGUCGGCAGUUUGUCAAAGACUCCAUCAGACUGGUGAAAAGGUGUACCAAACCUGACAGAAAAGAAUUUCAGAAGAUUGCCAUGGCCACAGCUAUCGGGUUUGCCAUCAUGGGUUUCAUCGGUUUUUUCGUCAAACUCAUUCACAUCCCCAUCAACAACAUCAUCGUUGGUGGUUAAAGCUCUCUGCUCUCAGACUGCUCAGCGUUGGUGACCUACAGACGAUGGUGUUGGGUUUUUUGGGACUGAAGGGAUGACAUUUUUACAUUCUGUACACGACAUUUCUAUUUGACUGUGUAAAUAAAACUAAUGGAAACCCA